GGAUCGCCAAUGCAAAUGUGUAUGCUCCCUCACUCCCUGCCAUCUCGUUUUGUAACAAUCUGCUCUGCCAGGGAGAGGGAGAUAGAGUGGAGAAAGACGAGGAGCAGAGAGACGAUUCUUAAAUGUGACAAUACAAACGCGGCUUCACUGGUUUGGGAUAUAAGAUAGGAGAGAAUGUUUUAGAUCUCAGAGUACGUGGGAGAUUCGACCCUGAAUCUGAUAGCAUUCUGUAUGGUAACACGCAGUUCCGAACGGUCCGACAUCCAAGGUAGGCUAAACGGUAUUCAGAUUUGUAUUUUAUAACUCUGAUUACGCAUUGGUGAGUAAAUGUGCGCUUUGCAACUUGUUUUGAUCCUCCAUUGGUUCAUAAAUGUCAUAAUGCCAAAUACAUUACACAGUUAGAUUUACGCGGACAAAAAUCAUAGUUUAUUUUUGACAACGGGCAUUAUUUUCGAAAAUGUGCCUACUCUAUAGGCUACUUAUAGAAAUCAUUAGAAAUGUUGACCAGAGUUAGAGAAGUUAGCCGUUCCCGAAAGACUAUAAACAAAUUAUGUGCUCUGUGGUGGGAGCAUAGUGUAUGUGCAAACUGUUGCUUCUCUUGUCUGGUAGCCUAGUAUUAUGAACAAGAUCCCCAAGAAGAGGUAGCCUGAUAAGGUCGGAACAGUAGAAAAGUCAUACAAUUGGAAUUAGUGGCAAAAAAGUCGUAAAAGGAAGCGUCAUGGCCAUAAUUCCGUAAUAUUACAUUAUGGUCUGGCUGCUGUCUUUGUGCAGACGGUCUAGUGAUGAUAGCAUCCCACUGGGCAAAAACUGGUUGAAUCAACAUUGUUUCCACGUUAUUUCAGUCAAAAACAAUCAAUGUGAUGACGUUGAAUCAACGUGGAAAGUCAUCAGUUUAAGGGCAUUUAAUAGUUUUUUCAUCCAACUUUUAACCUAAAUCCAAUGACAUGGUGAACUUUUUUGUUGAUUUCACGUUGAGUUCACGUUAGUUGAAAACAACCAAAUGUAAAUCAAAACUAGACAUUGAACUGAUAUCUGUGCCCAGUGGGACAGUGAAACCUCUCCUGUUAGUGGCUUUCAUCUCUUGCCUGUCAUGCACUACCUGGCAUUUCUCCACUACCCUACUAUUACAGAAUUAUUAUAAUAAUAUAAUAUGCCAUUUAGCAGACGCUUUUAUCCAAAGCGACUUACAGUCAUGUGUGCAUACAUUAUUACGUAUGGGUGGUCCUGGGGAUCAAACCCACUACCCUGGCGUUACAAGCGCCAUGCUCUACCAAUUGAGCUACAGAGGACCAAUUAGAGAGAGAACUUGUCCAAAGUGUUGUUCACAAACACAAUCAAAAAUAAUAAGCUGGAUUGUAUGUAGCCUAUGCUCUCUUUGAGUGUUGCAGGUCACAGCUAAGCACUUGACUCACUGCUAUACAUGACCAAAAUACUAAAGAGAGUUUCGUUCAAGGCCAACACCUUUGAAAGGUUUCUGAAUAUUUUGAACACCUUCCUGCACACCAUUAUUUUCCAAUCUCCAUUGUAGAGUUACAUCUGUGUAGGUGGGGGAGCAAAAGGCUCAGGGAUCUUGGAAAAAAAUAAAACACAUCAGAUCAUUACUCAUGUAAAGCCAUUGAUUUAUCCAUCUUAAAGAUAUGACAGUAAAGAUAGGCCACAAGUGUACUUUGAUAAUCCUGUUUCUUUGGAUCCAACCAUAAAUAUGCCCUCCUCAAGACAAUUUUAUCACAAGUCAUAAUUUCUCACUGUGGUAACAGUGUAUCUAGUGAAAUAAUCUAGUAGGGACUUUAUUUAGAUUUUGAGGCAGCACGCAGAUAUUAACAGUGCAGUUCUAAAAUGUUAUCUGAUAGCACUGCUAUGUUAAAAUGGGUCACAAAUCCAAUUGAAAAUGCUAUUGAAGAGCACUAAUUCCCAUGUCUCGAUCUGAGUUGCCGAUUGGACGUAAUUGGUUUGUUAUGGUACAGAUCAUCAAAAUAUGGUUCACAAAGCCCAAUCACAAACACAGGUCAGUGUGGAGCUUUACAAACGUAUCAACACACUGAUUAAAGUCAGGGAAACAACAACAAUAUAAUACAGAUGGUGCUGUGAUGCUGCCAGUGUAGCCUAAUUGAGGCAGAAUGGUGGACAUUUCCUAAGCAAAGACAAGCGAAACGCAGAGAAACUAAGGAUGUGCUGUAGCUAACCGGAAGACAUCAUGAAAAUGAUCGGAGAGGUUGAGAGUAGAAGAAGUUCAGGAGCAAAAAAAUAAAUAAAUAUAUAUAUAUAUAUAUAUAUAUAUAUAUAUAUAUAGAAUUAUUGUAAAAUUAUUGUAAAAUUAUUGUAAAAUUAACUCUGUCCAUAAGGUGUAGAUAGUAAGUAUAGACCGGAAGUAGAGGCCUGGGCGUUGUUGUUCACUAAUUUACUCCAAGUAGGGAAAGGAUGGUGGGGUUGAAAAGUAAUAAAGGGGAAUAUAUAUAUAUAUAUAUAUAUAUAAAAAAAACAAAAAACAUGGGGGAUUGGAAGUGAUGCAGACAAUUACAUUGAUAGAAGAUACAAUCUAUCUGCAAUAUUAAGCUGAUCCAUUCCCCCCGAAAAAAAAUAAAAAAUAAAUAAACACCAGAUAUAGUAUCACACCAGGUUUAGAGGAAAGACAAACAACAACAUAGCAAGGGAAAUUACUUAAUGCGCAGUGCUUUUGAACAGAAACACAAGGCAAGUCGUCCAGGUCCUGAGGCAGCAAAGCAUCCUCAAACCAUCACACCACCACCACCAUGCUUGACCUUUGGUAUGAUGUUCUUACUGUGGAAUGAAGAGUUUGGUUUUCGCCAGACAUUACUGGAACCAUGUUGUCCAAAAAGUUAUACUUUUGAAUCAUUUGUCCAUAGAACGUUCUUCCAAGAGUCUUGAUGAUCAUCCAGGUGCUUUUUGGCUAAAUUGAGUCAACAUUUUGGACGAGAUAGGUUAUUAUGCCUGGGGAAAACCAAACUCUGCAUUCCACAGUAAGAACAUCAUACCAAAGGUCAAGCAUGGUGGUGGUGGUGUGAUGGUUUGGGGAUGCUUUGCUGCCUCAGGACCUGGACGACUUGCCUUAAUAGAAGGAACCAUGAAUUCUGCUCUGUAUCAGAGAAUUCUACAGGAGAAUGUCAGACCAUCCGUCUGUGAGCUGAAGCUGAAGCGCAGCUGGGUCAUACAACAAGACAAUGAUCCAAAACACACAAUGAAGUCUACAUGAAAAUUGCUAAAAAGCAACAAAUUGGAAGUUUUGGAAUGGCCUAGUCAAAGUCCAGACCUAAUCCCAAUUGAGAUGUUGUGGCAGGACUUGAAACGAGCAGUUCAUGCUUGAAAACCCACACGUCACUGAGUUAAAGCAGUUCUGCAUGGAAGAGUCGGCCAAAAUUCCUCCACAGCGACAUGAGAGACUGAUCAACAACUACAGGAAGCAUUUGGUUGGAGUCAUUGCAGCUAAAGGUGGCACAACCAGUUAUUGAGUGUAAGGGGGCAAUUACUUUUUCACACAGGGGAAUUGGGUGUUGCAUAACUUUGUUUAUGAAAUAAAUGAAAUAAAUAUGUAAUUGUUGUGUUAUUUGUUCACUUAUGUUCCCUUUAUCUAAUAUUAGGUUUUGGUUGAAGAUCUGAUAACAUUCAGUAUCACAAAUAUGCAAAAGUAGAGAAAAUUAGAAAGGGGGCAAAUACUUUUUCAUAGCACUGUACAUAUGAGAUGGGUAAUGCAAGAUAUGUAAACAUUAUUAAGAUAGUAUAGAAUACAGUAUAUACAUAUGAGAUGGGUAAUGUAAGAUAUGUAAACAUUAAAGUGGCAUUAUUAAAGUGACUAGUGUUCCAUUUAAAGUGACCAGUGAUUUUCAAGUCUGUAUGUAGGUAGCAGCCUCUCUGUUCUAGUGAUGGCUGUUUAACAGUCUGAUGGCCUUGAGAUAGAAGCUGUUUUUCAGUCUCUCGGUCCCAGCUUUGAUGCACCUGUACCGACCUGGCCUUCUGGAUGAUAGCGGAGUGAACAGGCAGUGGCUCGGAGCGUUGUUGUCCUUGAUUAUCUUUUUGGCCUUCCUGUGACAUCGGGUGCUGUAGGUGACCUGAAGGGCAGGUAGUUUGCCCCCGGUGAUGCGUUGUGCACCCUCUGGAGAGCCCUGCGGUUGUGGGAUGUGCAGUUGCCGUACCAGGCGGUGAUACAGCCCGACAGGAUGCUCUCAAUUGUGCAUCUGUAAACGUUUGUGAGGAUUUUAGGUGACAGGCGAAAUUUCUUCAGCCUCCUGAGGUUGAAAAUACGCUUUUGCGCCUUCUUCACCACACUGUCUGUGUGGGUGGACCAUUUCAGUUUGUCUGUGAUAAGUACGCAGAGGAACUUAAAACUUUCCACCUUCUCCACUGCUGUCCCGUCUGUGGAUGGGGGGUACUCCCUCUGCUGCUUCCUGAAGUCCACGAUCAUCUCCUUUGUUUUUUUGACGUUGAGUGAGAGGUUAUUUUCCUGACACCACACUCCGAGAGCCCUCACCUCCUCCCUUUAGGCUGUCUCAUUGUUGUUGGUAAUCAAGCCUACUACUGUUGUGUCGUCUGCAAACUUGAUGAUUGAGUGGGAGGCGUGCAUGUCUAUGCAGUCAUGGGUGAACAGGGAUUACAGGAGGGGGCUGAGCACACACCCUUGUGGGGCCCCAGUGUUGAGGAUCAGCGAAGUGGAGAUGUUGUUUCCUACCUUCACCACCUGGGGGCGGCCCGUCAGGAAGUCCAGGACCCAAUUGCACAGGGUGGGGUUGAGACCCAGGGCCUCAAGCUUGAUGAUGAGCUUGGAGGGUACUAUGGUGUGGAGGGUACUAUGGUGUUGAAUGCUGAGCUAUAGUCAAUGAACAGCAUUCUUACAUAGGUAUUCCUCUUGUCCAGAUGGGAUAGGGCAGUGUGCAGUGUGAUGGCGAUUACAUCGUCUGUGGACCUAUUGGGGCGGUAUGCAAAUUGAAGUGGGUCUAGGGUGACAGGUAAGGUGGCAGUGAUAUGAUCCUUGACUAGUCUCUCAAAGCACUUCAUGAUGACAGAAGUGAGUGCUACGGGGCGAUAGUCAUUUAGUUCAGUUACCUUUGCAUUCUUGGGUACAGGAACAAUGGUGGCCAUCUUGAAGCAUGUGGGGACAACAGACUGGGAUAGGGAGAGAUUGAAUAUGUCCGUAAACACACACAGACAGCUGGUCUGCGCAUGCUCUGAGGACGCGGCUAGGAAUGCCGUCUGGGCCGGCAGCCUUGCGGGGGUUAACAUGCUUAAAUGUCUUACUCACGUCGGCCACCGAAAAGGAGAGCCCACAGUCCUUGGUAGCUGGCCGCGUCGGUGGCACUGUAUUAUCCUCAAAGCGGGAGAAGAAGGUGUUUAGCUUGUCUGGCAGCAAGACGUCGGUGUCUGCGACGUGGCCGGUUUUCAUUUUGUAGUCCAUGAUUGUCUGUAAACCCUGCCACAUACGUCUCGUGUCUGAGCCGUUGAAUUGCGACUCCACUUUGUCUCGAUAUUGACGUUUUGCCUGUUUGAUUGUCUUGUUUGUAUUCUGCCAUAUUCCCUGUCACCUUGCCAUGGUUAAAUGCGGUGGUUCGUGCUUUCGGUUUUUCGCGAAUGCUGCCGUCUAGCCACGGUUUCUGGUUAGAUCCUAUAAGUCAACAUGAACUGUGGAUCUAAUCCCCCGAGCUAUAUAUGUUUCCCUCGUAUAUACUACAGAGGUUAUAUACACAGAAAAAUAUGUUCUGCCAAUUUAAAUCUGACUUGCUUGCUUCUAUUUUGAUGCCCUAGGUUUUUCCAAGAAACUACUGGCUUCCAGGGCUUGCUGGCUGUUCUGUUCCCUUGGAGAUUACUGUAAAGUCUGGCGCUGCUGUCACACAUCUGAGGGACCUGAUUACACAGUGGUCCUUUUGGUCUCCAGUCCAAAGGCAUGGCUAUGAACCGUGGAGAGUCAUUAACCAUCUGAGGCUGCAGCCAGGUAGCCUACCUACUGUGUGACUGGACUGAUGGGGCCUUGGGAAGGUUAUAAUGAGGUUUUAACCCUCACCCCUCUCUCUGGAAUGGUGGCUCACUAAGGGUCAAAGAGCCACCAAGCUGGACAGUGGGGAUGGCCACGCCCCUCUACAGGCUGCGUUGCUUCCUGCGGCGAGCUCAGAUACUCCUCCUCUUCCUGGGGAUCGCCUACCUGAUGGCGGGGAGCAUCCUGCUGCUGCAGCGCUCCAGCCUGGCCCUAAAGACCGCCCAGCCACCAGGCGGCGCCAGCCUCCCUUCUCUCAUGGCACUGCCAGCACCUCCCACAGCCGUGAGGGCCUACCCCGGCCAGGGCCUGAGGGCACGCUCCAGAUGGGCAGCCACCCAUGGUGUGUCGGGUGGUGGAGGGAGCAUCAAGACGGGGCGACACUGGCCCACGUCCCGAAACCUGGGGGUCCAACACCUGCACCACCGCUGGUUCCACGGUCUCGUGCCAGACAUGCAGGAGCAGAGAGGUCCUCUACAAAGCAAUAACAGGCACAAAGGUACCACCUACCUAAUGCAACAUCAUUUACUUUGAACGCCAACGUGGCUGUAGUUUAACUGUUGACUACAUACCAGACCUGGGUUGAAAUAGUAUUUGUUACAGGCUCAAUGACAGGACUGACAGGCUCAAAUAUGCUGCAAACCUGUGUUACCACUGCUCAAUAGUGUGUUGUACUAAACAAUGACUAUUGUAUAUUGUUGUACGAAUGGAUUUGUAAUAUGGCUUUUCAUUAACUGUUUUGUUUUGACAUGGCAAGGGACCUACAUGGGCUGCUUCAUGCAUGAUGCCAAUGAACGAGCCCUGGGGGGAACUGUGCUGUAUGAUCUGCGCAAAAUGACCAGCUCUUUGUGUCAAGACACCUGCUCGGAAAGGUAAUGAGUCUAGAGGAACCAUGGCGAGCUGCUGCUAUUUGGUUAAUUAUUCUGUCUCAGUCGCAGGGAUGAAUAGGUCCUGUGUUUCAAUGGGGAGCCAGGUGGCAGGAUGGUGGUGGUGUGUGUGUGCGUGUGCGUGCGUGUGAAGUGGAAGGCCAGAUCUGUGUUAGAGAUGCAGAAUGAGAUAUAGUGGGUAUUAGGGGGGUGUUAGUAAUAAUUUAAAUUCAUGACAAAACUGAAUAAAUCAAUUUAUGACAAAACAUUUAGCUGGGCCUUAUUUCACAGUAUGUCUAGACACAGGAAAUGAUUGCCACGAAAACAAAUUGCCAAUGCAAACAUAAUCAGACCAUGUGGACUGCUGGGAGGAUAUUCAGCCAGAAUCAUAAGCCUGUUUAUGGCAGGGCUCAAAGCAAAUGCUAAAAGGUCAUUUUGGAUAGCUCCUCUCUUUCCAAGGAGAGAGGAUAAAGAGACUUAAAGGAGGAUGACUCAUAUCGCCCUUGGGAUAAAGGACCCCCAUCAUCCACCCAGAGCUUUUACUGUGAUCUAGUCAACAGUGAAAACUGUUACCAGCCAGCACCACAGAGAAAUGAACGCUGGGCUUCACUGCUGCCUGCCCUGACUGAUUCAAUUAAAAUGUUUAGUAUUUAUUCACACGCUGGCCUGGGGUUAUGCAGUCUGGUGUCCUAUGGAACAAGGUAGCCCAAGGCUAAUGAUAGCCUGUGAUUAAAGCUAGCUCUGGGCUAAGGCACUGAGGUGAGGGGUGUGUGUCUCCCUCUCUCUGCAGUGGUUACCGGUUCGCAGGUCUGGAGUACGGAGCAGAGUGUCACUGUGGUAACCGCAUCAGUAGCCCACGGGCCCAGGAGGAGGACUGUAGUCUGGGAUGCAGGGGGGAGAGGGGCGAGAGGGGAGCCCCCUGUGGGGGAGUGGGGCGCCUCUCCAUCUACAAGGUGGAGGAACAGCUCCCAGGACAGAGGAAAUGUAAGUACACGCAACCUGGAUAGAGCACUGUCUAACUGAGCGGCUGUAAUGUGCUUGACUAAUCUCUGAACCCAGAAGCACUUCUCGUGUGUGCUGGCCAACAGUGUCAUGAGAAACUAGUGCUAUACUAAUGCAUACACUAUAUGAGCCAUAGCCACUAUGCAGGGGAGUCAUUUCCCAUCUAGGGUAAGUAGAUAAUAGGUAGAUUUCUAUGGGCAACGUUUCCUUUAAGCUUGGCAGUGACUAAUAUGCUUGUAGAUAAUUUGCAUUGAUCAACAUUACAGUUUAUAAAGAGAAAAUACAUUAAAUGCAUUUAGCUAUGUUUAUAAGCUGUGGCUUGAUGUCUGCAUACCUCUGUUUUACAGUCAGAAACGUCCACUACUGUGGCUGCUUCAAGUUGCCAAAAAACUCCACCAACGCCUUCCUCGUCUACUCCCUCCAGUCAAACUCCACGUCACAGUCCUGCAUCGAGACCUGCACAGAUAAGGUUUGAUUCUGUUCCCAGGAAGAAACCCAGAAAACCACUGAACCAUUUAUUUAAUCUUCACCACCAGCCCAGACCCCAGUCUUCCUCACACAGACCCAGCGGUGAGGUAUCAUCGAUCAUGGGCUGUCUCGGUCUCUGUCUCUGCUCCCCUCAGAUGGUAGAUUAGAAUGGCAUGGCUCUGUGUGAUGGAGCUACUGGAACACCAUUUGACUGUUUAAGGUUAAACGUACCUCUAAUGAGAAAUAGAUAGGCGCUGGAAUCAGUCCUUCAUACUGUCUGGGUGCAUCAGUAGGGUGCUCUGCUCUGCUCUACACACAAAUGGCUAGGAUAAAUAUCACUGCCUUGUCUAUGUAAUGAUAAUAGUGUAUUUGAUUUAGCUUAUUCACUGUGUGUGUGUGUGUGUGUGUGUUUUUACAUUUGUGUAACUACCAGUGUCAAUAAACAAAGAGCACUGUAUCAGCAUAUAACACAAUACCCAUCUUCAGUCAGUCUCUAUAGAAAUUGUAAUUCCAUAUAGUGUGGUGGUGGUGGGGGCUAUACUAUGUUGAAUAGAAAAACUAGGACAACGUGCAAAAAACAUCUGAACUUGUGAAAAAAAGGAAUCAAAGGAAAUAGGGCAGGGGUGGUUCAUACAUCUUAUAUAACCCACCCAUCGUGUUACCCAAGGGUGAAAUCACAUCCAAUCCACCAGAGGGGGAAUGAGUGACCAGUCAUAUUCCUUGUACUGUAAGUUACUGCUUGAAGUUAUGCCUCUGAUGUUUUUUAAUGGUCCUGGUUCGGUUUGUACUGCAGGAGCUCCCACUGGCUGUGUUGAGGAAGCCACACUGUUACUGUGCCUGGGCCUCGUCUCUGUUUAGACUGAACCAACGUCUGCCACCGGACCAGCCAUGUCUGGAGACCAACGGCACAGCACACACCGUUGCCCCCAUCUCCACAUACCGGUCGGACCAUUACUACUACCAGGUCUACCAGACACCUGUGCUUGGUGAGAGUCUUGAAUAACCUUUAGUUUCACUUAUACUACAGUCCAACUUUUCAACCAUAAAAAUAACAUAUUGCCAAAUAUACAGGUUUAUACUUUACUGUAACUGUAAUUUAGACUCUUAGCAACAGCAUGCUUCGUUACAGUAGCUCAAAAAUAGAUCAAUGGCCUGUGUCUAUGGCGCUGUUCAACCCUGAUUGUUCUGCCUCAUUCAGACUCCAGGUGCAAAGAGAGGACGUUUCUACCUGAGAGGUCCCCCUCCCUGGUGGCUCUCUCCAGCUUCCCUGGAGCUGGCAACACCUGGGUACGCCACCUGAUCGAGCUCGUGACAGGCUACUACACUGGCAGCUUCUACUUCGAUGGCACACUUUACAACAGAGGUGAGGCUGAAUGUGAACACAGCUCUGGUGUUGUGAUGGAUAAUAAUAACAUAUACUAGGAAUGAUUUAUGUUUUUCACCUGGAAUAUAUCAUUGUUUCAUUUUCAAGCACGCGCUACCAUUUUCUAAACCGUGGGCUCUCAUAGAGAAAUUCUAAUGUAUGUACUUGUACAGUACUUACAAAUAGCAAUGACAGUAACUUGAUCUUGACCUUUAGUGCUCUGUGACACAUGGGCUUGCGGAGGUUUGAUCUUCUUGUGUAUCUGGGGUUUUCUACCAGGUUUCAAAGGGGAGAAGGACUACUGGAAGAGUGGGCGCAGCAUCUGUGUGAAGACCCAUGAGAGUGGGCAGAGAGAGAUCGAGAUGUUUGACUCUGCCAUCCUCCUGAUCCGUAACCCCUACCGUUCCCUGAUGGCAGAGUUCAACAGGAAGUGUGCCGGACACCUUGGCUACGCCACAGACAAACAGUGGAGAAGCAAAGGUAACACAACAAUCACAGCUCAGUGGUUUGGGAAAUGGACUGGGGGUUAUGUGCGAACUAAGGCAUGCAAAAACCAACACAUAAAGAGAUGUUGUUUUGGUCAACUGUUGGUCAAAAGUCUGUUUCAAACAGAUGUUCAUAAAUGAUGACAAAUAUUCAGCUGCCAUAUUGCUGCAUAACUGAAUGUGAGAUGUCAGCAAUGUCUCCACACAGCACACACUGAUCAGAUACCUCGGUUUCUUCUCUCCUCUGUUUACUUCAGAGUGGCCAGAGUUUGUUGACAGCUAUGCCCCCUGGUGGGCAUCCCACGCUUUGAGCUGGUUGCAGUUUGGCCGUCGCCUGCUGGUGGUGCACUACGAGGACCUGCAGAGGGCGCUCUUCCCCCAUCUCCGCCUCCUCACCUCCUUCCUCAAUGCCACCAUAACGGAGGAGAGGCUGAUGUGUGCCCAGAGCAACCAGGACGGUCACUUCAAACGCUCUGGCAGGGCCCAGCGGCCCUCCUUCGACCCCUUCACAGCGGAGUUGAGGAGCACCAUUGACUCCUACAUCCACACAGUGGACCAGGCCCUGAGGGACAGGAACUACAGCGGCCUGCCGUAUGACUACAUACCCAGAUGAUCCACCUCAGCUGAUCCACACAAGUCCAAAAGGACACGUCAACAAAUAAAAGGGGAGGGGGAAGGUGUAAUCUCUGCUGCCACCAGUCCAAAGGUAGUGGUCCAGUCUAGUCAUUAGCAUUGUUGGGUGAAAGGUUUUUAGAUGUGUUGGAGAAUUCUGUCAGCUACAGAAGAGUGACUCAGAGGGAAAGUGACUGUAUGAACACACUGAUGGGUAAUUGUUUGACACACCUGGCAUGUCCAACCCACUGUGAGUGGCUGCAGAGAGUUGUGUAGUAACAUUGAGUUAGACUGGGAUGAAAACAUGGCUGAACAUUACAGCUCUUGCUGAAAGGCCUCAGGGCCAGAGCCAGACUCUACUUUUCACUGCAGGCAUUGGGAUUACGGAGCAAGUGCCUGUCUGCAAAAACAAUUCAAUCAAGCAUUGUAGACUGUGAGGAUUUUAGCUUUAAAUGGAAUCUUUAGGUUCUAUUUGUUUGGGAUUUUUGUAAUGUUUAAAAUCAGUUUUACUGGUAGAGGGUGGUUAAACAGAAAACGUGCCAUUCAACAAUGUCGAUCGGAUUGUUGUAAUGGACUUAUGCCAAUUAAAUCUCCUAUGUUUAGCUCUAUUGUCAGCUUUUUCAUUACUGCUGGUUGAAUGAUGACAUCAUUUUUGUUGUAGUCAGUGGGAAGUUAAAUUGAGGUGUUCGGUCAUACGCAGGCAGUUCUACGAACUUACUCCUGGUGGAUUGUAUGUUUGUAAGUGCGUUCCAUCUCUCUGAGAGACCUAAAGUGACAUGACAUUGUGAACAGGCCUUUUGUAUCACGGUGUGUACCAUAUCUUGUACAAAUUGUGGCUGUGAAUCUUGAUCAAAUAGGUUUCUAAUGUUUAUCGGGGAGAGUGUAGGCUACCUCGUGAGAAUAGAAUACUUACAUUUGAAUGCAAGACAGUUUCCCAAAUUAUCAUUUUAAUUGCAUGCCUAAUGUUCAGUCUGUUUUUGCAAACAACAAGUCCAGAAAGGCAUUUUUGAAGAUAAACAGACAAACAAACAAUUGGUCAUAUUAAUGAAUCUAAAGCUGGAUCCAUGCACAGACAGACUACAGCAGUGGCAUAGUGGUGGAACAAAACAAACACAGAUGAAUUAGAAAAUAAAUAUGGUGCUACUCUCUCUGGAUGUCUGCCAUUGUGUUUGGCUGAAUUUCACACAAAGACAACAAAAAUAAUAAAUACAAUUUUGUUUCAGGGUUUUUUUGUGAUGUGGGCCCUAAACCACUGAGAUUAGCCACUCCCUAUCAAAACCCUCAAUGAUACCAUUAACCCAUCUGUCAAAAGUCUGUAACUCAUUGUCAUUGCAG